AUGAAGGUCUCUUACUUAUAUUGGAAUGCUCGGGGUCUCGGAACUUCGAGAAAGCGUCUUAAAAAUUUGGUAACAAAAUUUCAUCCUAAACUUGUUGUUAUUGCUGAGCCUAUGGUUAGAAUCUCUCAUUUAGAUAUGUGGCGUGAUAAAUUGCAUUUCGAUGGUUGUUGCUCUAAUGUUGAGGAAGGCGGCAAAUUAUGGUUGUUUUGGUCUCAAGAUUUACACCUUGUUGUCGAGAACAUGGGUGAUCAAUUUUUGACUAUUAGAAUCACUAAUCUGAAUGACUUCCGUAUUACUUUUGUUUAUGCGAAAUGUUCCUAUUUGGAGCGUAGAAGACUGUGGGAUUCUUUGAGGGGGGCUAAUAUUCAUCAUCUUCCUUGGAUGGUCAUGGGUGAUUUCAAUAUUAUCAGAAAUGACUCGGAGCAUAGAGGGGGCAGGCCAAGGUUGGCUUUGGCUAUGGAGGAGUUUAACAGUUGGGUGGGUUCUUGUGGGCUUCUUGACAUGCCUUCCUGUGGGAAUUCUCUUUCUUGGUGUAAUGGUCAUUCUGGUAGAUCACGGCACUGGGCUCGUCUUGAUCGUUGUCUUUUCAAAACAGCGGCUCUUGAUGCUUUUCCUGGUGCAAAUAUGGAAUACUUGGCAUGCACUUCUUCUGAUCAUGCGCCGAUGGCAGUCUCGUUGCAGAAUCAGCUUAUUCGGUAUGGCUUUCCUUCCUUUAAAUUUCAGCAAAUGUGGGUUUCUCAUGCUCAGUUUUUCGAUUGUGUCUCGCACUCUUGGAAUGGUGAUGAUGUUGGGGGAUCUCGUUUGUAUAUGCUUGUUACUAAACUUAAACGUCUUAAAAUUGCUUUGAGAACUUGGAACAAUCACACCUUUGGUAAAACUGUCUCCCACAUAGCGGCUCUUAAGGAUCGUAUAAAGGGCUUGGAGGCAAGUUUACAAACUGAGUAUGUUGAAGACGUGGAGGAUGAUCUUGUUGCCUCCCAGUUGGAACUAUCAGUCUGGUUGAAUAGGGAAGAACAACGCCUAGCCCAACAAGCCAAACAACACUGGAUUCAGAAGGGUGAAGCUAAUUUUGCUUUCUUCCAUGCUGUCAGUCACCGUAAUCAUAAAGAGGUUAAAGCGAUGCAGCUAGAGGAUGGUUCUAUUCUCUCCUCACCUGAACAAAUUCAUGACGGGGCUAUCACUUAUUUUUCAAAUUUCUUGAAAGCAGAUAGUAGCCUGGGUCCUGAUGGUUUUGGGUCGGGUUUCUAUCGAUCUUGUUGGCAUAUUGUGGGUACCGAUGUUGUCGCUGCUGUGUCAGAGUUUUUUCAAGGUAUGGGUCUCCCUCGGUUUUUCAAUGCUACUCGUCUGGUUUUAAUCCCAAAAGUUGAUAAUCCGACGAGUUUUGAUAAGUUUAGACCGAUUAACUUGUGCAAUGUCUUCUACAAAAUUUGCACUAAAAUCAUGGUUAAUCGCUUAUCCCCCCUUCUUGCUAAUUUUAUUUCUCCUGAACAAGGAGCCUUUCUCCCGGGCCGUAGUAUCUUUGAUAACAUUAGCAUGACUCAAGAGAUGAUUCAUUCUAUUAAUAAACCUGUUUAUGGUGGGAAUGUUGUCUUGAAGAUUGACAUGGCAAAGGCCUUCGAUAGUCUAAACUGGUCCUUUCUUUUGCAGGUUCUUAAAGCUUUCGGUUUCUCAGAUUUUUUCUGUAAUUUGAUUCGUCAAUGCAUCACGAAUCCUUGGUUCUCUGUGGUUAUGAACGGAGUCCCCAAAGGUUUCUUCAAAGGUGGUCGGGGGUUGCGUCAAGGUGACCCCAUUUCUCCCUAUCUCUUCAUUCUUGUGGAAGACAUUUUCUCGCGGAUGAUUAAUAAACAGAUCCAUAUGGGCAAGAUCAUUCCGUUUCACCACCCGCGAGGCUCCCCUAUUAUCUCACAUCUGCUUUAUGCAGAUGACAUGGUCCUGUUUUGUAAUGGGGGAAAGGCUUCUUUGAAAGUUAUUAUUGAUGUGUUGAAGACUUAUGAACAGUGGUCAGGGCAAGCUGUAAACAAAAACAAAUCCCAUAUAUUUUUCUCUUCUCAGAUUUCUGGAUCUAGGCGUCGGGCCCUCCUUCGUUUCACUGGUUUUACGGAACGAAGUUUUCCUUUUAAAUAUCUAGGAGUUCCUAUUAUCACAGGAAGACUGAAGAUUGCUCACUUUGAUGACUUAAUUGCUAAAGUUCAGUCUAAAUUGGAGGGUUGGCAGGCCAGAUUGUUAUCCAGUGGGGCGCGUUUGACUCUCAUUAAACAUGUUCUUCAAAGUAUUCCCAUGCACAACCUUUCUAUCUUAAGAACUCCGAAAGCCGUGAUAGAGAAAAUUCACAGAAUCAUCAGUACCUUCUUCUGGGGUGUUAAAGAUGGGAAACCUAAGAAAAAAUGGCGUUCUUGGGUGGAUAUUUGUAAGCCUGUCUCAGAAGGCGGUCUGGGCCUUCGUAACCUUCACGACAUCCAGUCUUCUCUCCAUAUGAAGCUAGCCUGGAACCUUCUGCAAGGUACUUCUCUCUGGUCCAAGUUUUUUCAUGCUAAAUAUAUUGGUGAUAGACAUAUUUCCAUGGUGGAUCAUAAGAAAGGGUCUCUUUUUUGGAAGAUGAUUUUGAACAGUAUUUCUUUAGUGCAAGCUAAUUCUAAAUGGAAAGUUCGGGAAGGUAAUGUUCUCUUUUGGCAUGACCAUUGUGCUGAUGAUGCUCCCCUUAAUGAUAAUAUUCUGAUUUUUGAUAUGCCUAAUCUUAAAUUGGAGGAUUGUAAAGCUGGGUUGGGUUGGAAUAUGGAUUUGUUUACUCGCUUGGUUGGUCAUCACAAAGCUGAGGACCUCAUUUUGCAAUUGGGUCGGAUUAAAAACGGGAAGGAUUUGUUGAUUUGGCUUCCUUCAGCUGACGGUCUCUUCUCUACUAAAAGCGCGUGGAAUUGUAUUCGUAUAAGAGCCCCUGUUUUUCCCUGGGCUAAUUGGGUCUGGCAUUCUGCUCUUCCCAAUAAUAUUUCGAUUACUAUGUGGAAGGCCAUUCACAAUUGUCUUCCUGUAGAUGACAGAAUCUGUAAUCUUGGUAUUUCUAUUGUCUCUCGCUGUGAUUGCUGCUCUAAUUCCAAAUAUGAAGAUCUCAAUCACUGUCUUGCUAUAGGAGAUUUUGCUGGAAAAAUUUGGCGUAUUUGUUCUGUUGUUCUUGGAAUUCCUUGGAUAGAAGGUAGUUCUUGGAAUCAGAGGGUGGAGUGCUGGUAUAGGCGGGCAAAAAAUUCUAAUCGCCCGGGUCAAUUGCUGGGUCUUCUUCCGGCUAUCAUUACUUGGCAUCUAUGGAGACGUCGCUGUAAAGCUAGAAUGGAAGGCUUGAUGGAAUCAGUCCAACAGGUUUGGUGUUCUAUUAAAUAUUGGGUCUCUUGGAUCGGGUUAAAGCUUAAGGAUGUCAACUUGCUUUCUCGACGUGACGAAGGUGUUUUACAUUGCUUUAAUAUACCUUUAAAUGUUACGAGGAAAGAGUUUAUUAUUCCAGUCAAGUGGAAGCUCCCUAAGCCAGGUUGGGUCAAAUUGAAUGUUGAUGGCUCUUCUCUAGGCAAUCCAGGCCCGUCGGGGGCAGGAGGCAUCAUUCAUGAUGAUAAAGGUAAUUUUCUUUGCGGGUUUGCAGCUGCCACUGGGCAUAACUCCAACAACUAUGCUGAACUGAUGGGUUUACUUCAUGGGCUUCGUCAUAUUGGCCUGUUGGGUGUUUCAUCUGUGGAAAUCGAACUUGACUCCAUGCUUGUGCUUAACUGGUUGAGGACUCAGAGAUGUGGCCUGUGGUACAUGGAAGAUUAUUGGGAUGAGAUCCAGAGUCGUCUCGCAGGGCUUAAUGUUUCUCUUGUUCACUGCUAUAGAGAAUGUAACUCGGUUGCGGAUGGGCUUGCUAAACUGGGUGCUAAGGGCCAUACCCUCUCAUGGUUUUCUUUAUCUGAUCUACCUGCUUCCAUAAGAGACAAUAUUCGGCUGGACAAAGGGGGUCUUCCCUACAUUCGGAAAAUUCGAAGACCAUGUUAA